AUGUCUACCAACAGUAUUCCUGGCACGGGAUUUGUCGACCCUGCAAAUCUGAAUAUGAUUGAUCCAGUCAUCACCGACGAGCUUCCCAUGUAUAGCGCACAGCCUCUGCCAGAUCCAUCCACCGACCUGCUCACUUUUGAUCCCAACUGGGAAUGGUUCGGCCAGCUGUUUGGCUGGGGCAGCGAUCGGGACAUUGAUCUGGAUAUUGGCAUACAGACCAGUCUUCUUCAGAAAGAUACUAUCGGCCACGGCAGCUCGACCGAUACACUCAGCGCUGCGUGGCUACUCUGUUCAACCCCGCGGGCAACGACCCCUGUUUCAGACAUCAAGCCGCAGGAUGGAUCGAUAGAGAUUGAGGGUCGAAAGGAAGAAGGUCCAUGGCCGAAUGUCUUUAAACCCAAUGUUCCAGAUCGCCCUCUAAAAGUCAAGAACGUCACAUUUCCCCUGCCCAACACCGGCCCAGAAUUCGUUUCCCAGUCCUCCCGCAACGCCAUGCUCUCUCUGAUCUACCUCUCUCAUCAACCGCAAUGGCUCAUGCCCGAAGUCGACGACUUUCCAGAUCACGAUACCCUUUCACAUUUCGUGGAUAGAUAUUUCGAACAAUUUCAUCCCAUCUUUCCUAUCAUACAUAGACCCACAUUUGUCUCGGAAGAUAUACCCGCGGUACUUCUGCUCUCUGUGGCCGCUAUAGGUGCCAACUUUUCGGGGCCAGAAUACAGCUCAUUGGCUGUGGCGCUUUGCGAGCUUGCUAGACGUAUGAUUACUUGGGUCGCAAGAAGCGACCAAAGAGCCAAAUUCGACCACAGCCUUUUACUCGCGUUCACCCUUCAGACUGCUCUCGGAUGCUCUUGCGGCUCCCGCGAAAUGUUCUAUCACGCCGAAAUAUUUCGCUGCAGUAUCGUCACCACCUGCCGCCGGUUACACCUGCUGCGUGGCCUUGAUAAUGCUACCGAGGAGCUCUAUAUGAAGGGGAGCAAUCCAAGUGUGGAAGAGAGAUAUAAGGCUUACCUGAGUGAUGAACGGAGGAGGCGUUUGGGAUGGGGUGUUUAUCUCCUCGACGCCCAGAUGACCGCCCUCUUGUCCCUACCGCCCAUAUUCACAGUGACGGAAGCUCGAAUCGUUCCUCCUUCCGAAGAAUCUCUGUGGAACGCCCCCAACGCCGAAGCUUGGGCUGCUAUCAUCCAACGAGGCGAAGCUGUAGACCCGCGCAUUUCGACCCGACCCAAGUUUUCCAGACUGCUGACCAUGUGUCUGGCCGGAGACAGCAUCAGCAUCAAGAUGUCUGAUUUCACGCUGACACUGUUGACUUUUACCGCUUGGAGAAUGCUUUUUGACCAAAGACUACUGCAAAAGGCGCUGGGAGUUGGAAUGUCGGAGAAUGGGAUGGAUAUGCCAUCUCAGCCGGCCGACUGUCACAUUGUCGACAGCCAACCUGGCCUCCUACUCACCCGCCUCGCGACAGCCUCCAUGUCCUCCCGAUCUCCCGUUCACUUUCGCGUGAUUCCUUCCUCUGUCUAUCACCACGCUCAAAUGUUCUUCACCCGUCCGGGCCUCCUCCAACGCAUAAAACAUGUGUCGGGGAAAUAUGAACCGGAUAUGACGCAGGAGGGGUCGUUGAUUUGGUUGAAGACGUGGAUGGCAGAUGGGAAGGAGGUGCGCAAAUUGCUUUGGCAUGCCGGGGUACUUGGAGCGUUACUGGUGGAGUUUCCAAGAAACUCGGCCGCAGACAUGUCCUUAACAUUCGACUGCGCCCUGAUGUUCUGGGUCAUUCUGAAAUACGGCCCUCAUCAGUUGAUGUCCUCAACAACAGAAUCAGUCUUCUUUGAUGCCAAAUGGUUCGAUAUCAUCCCGCCUGACAUGUGGAUAGCCCACGGUGGCCCAAUAACCUUCCCCUUCCUCGGGUCCUCUGCCACAUGGACCAUCCCGGCAAUAUUGAGACAUUUCAUGGAGAGGCUGAGUAAGAUGCCGUGGGGGCUAGCACUGCAGAACAAGCUUGUGCUGGAAAAGCUGCUGGAUAGUGAGCUGAAGGAAGAAAAUGAGAAGAAAGGGGAUGUGUAA